GUACCGAACCCAUUGAGAUCCGAACCAGGUCUACCACUCACCUUCACAAUAAACCCUAAUCUCUCUCUGUCUCUCAAGUCUCAACAUAUAACAGACAGCCGCACACAUUCCUUCAUCCCUCUCCCUGCGGCUAAGGAACUUCUUCGAGCUCAGCCAUGGGUAUUGAUCUGAAAGCAGGAGGUAAGAGCAAGCAGACGAAGCGCACAGCGCCGAAAUCCGAGGAUGUUUACUUGAAGCUUCUCGUGAAGCUCUACCGGUUUUUGGUACGAAGGACCGGAAGCAAGUUCAAUGCUGUGGUUCUGAAACGCCUGUUCAUGAGCAAGACGAACAGGCCUCCGCUCUCACUCUCCAGGCUGAUCGCUUUCAUGUCCGGAAAGGAGGAUAAGAUUGCUGUGUUGGUGGGCACUAUUACUGAUGAUGUUAGGGUUUAUGAAGUCCCAGCAAUGAAAGUUUGUGCCCUGAGGUUCACCCAAACUGCCAGGGCAAGGAUUGAGAAAGCCGGAGGUGAAUGCCUGACAUUUGACCAGCUGGCUCUUAGAGCUCCAUUGGGACAGAACACGAUUCUGCUUAGAGGUCCUAAGAAUGCACGGGAAGCGGUGAAACACUUUGGUCCCGCUCCGGGUGUUCCGCAUAGUCACACCAAGCCGUACGUGCGCUCCAAGGGAAGGAAGUUUGAGAAGGCCAGGGGAAGAAGAAACAGCCGCGGUUACAAGGCUUAGUUUUGUUCUUAUUAUAUCGACUUAUCUUCUGUAGUAUCAUGUCGUUCCGAUUUUGCAAAAGAUUUUUCGCUGUCCGACGCAGGUUUCUUCUUUCAAUUUGAUCUUCAGCUUGUUCCUGAAAACAAGCUACUCCGUUUUUACAAUUGAAGAUUUUAAUAUAAGUGUGCGGUUAUUAAUUUAAUUACUAGUCAUAUUAUGAUUGUUCUGAAAAAAUGCCUUUUUUUGUUUUACUUAUGUUCCAAAUUUGAUUGGUGAACAAAUUAAAAAGCAUAAAGACCAUACGUCUCC